GUCGACGCGAUGAUUAAAUCGACAUAUAAUAAAAAAAAAACAAUAAUAAUAAUAAUUAAUUUGCCUCUAGGAAUAUAGUCUUCACAAUCUCAUUUUUGUAGUAACCAUUUUCCUACAACAAGUUCAAUGGAUCUGAAUAGUCCUUUGAUGUUAUGCACGGACAUAUCCAUAUGUUUAGAACUUCGGUAAUGAUCAUGAAAUCAACACUGACUCAGAGAAGUGCUUUAUUUAUGGAUAUUAUUAUAUUUACUAUUGUGAUCUCUAAUUUACUGAUCCAAAUAGUUGGAGAUAUCAAGGUUCAUACUGCUGUUCAAACUAAACACUCACCAAAUCAAGAAUGGACUGAACGUGGUUCCUCUAGUAGGCGUCAUUCAUCUAUCUCAAAAACCACAUCAGUAGGAAACAGUAGAUAUGGAGUCAACAGUACUAAUAAUAUCACUACUACUACUAAUGGUAGUAUUAGUAGUGUCAGUAAUUACCAUGAUAAUAAUAACCCUGACAGAACAUUAUCGUUUAAUUUGAAUUCGGAAUAUACUAGGAAUUCUAUACGACGCAAAGAAUUACACGAUCAACCACAAUUACCACACAGUUAUUGGAAUUAUUCACCGUAUAAAAAGCCAUCAGUUGAUAGAAAUUAUCAACAUGAUUUAUCUUAUCCACAGUCAGCGACAAGUCUUUAUUAUAGUUUACCAUCUUGGUAUAGUUUACGAUAUAGACGAUAUCCACGUGAAGAACCUCUGUCUAUUUACAAUGAUAAUACACAACUGCCGUGGAAUUAUAAACCAAAAUGUCGGUCGUGUGGUCGACCAUUGUUACAAGAUUCAUUUUGUGCAGAUGAUUUUGUGAUGCGUGUCUACAUCUACAAAGAGUCAAUAGAACCAAAUGGUCAGCGGUAUUAUCUGGCUUAUAUAUAUGAAGUAUACAAGGAUAUCAAGCAGUUUAUGCAACCAACACACUUUCGUCAGAUUAUUUACAACUGCGAUCGAUUUCAAACCGGUCCAGUGCUAGGUGAAAUAUAUUUGAUAACAGGUAUCUAUGUAUCAGAUGUUCCCCAUGUUGAUUCCUGUUCCUGGAAGUCACCAUGGAGUCAAGUAACAAAGGAGCAGAAACGGUAUCUACGCAAACGAUACGCUUUACACUGUGGUACAUGUCGUUUACAAAGAGUCCUCUACGUGAAUCCAGUCUACCAUCGUGAUCCAAAUACAUGUUAUGUACCGAUUAGUCCAAAUUCAAACGAAUUAAUGUGUAGAGAUAAAUUCUCGUUAUGUCAAUUCUCCCAAAAACGUAAUAUUAAUAAUAAUAAUCACAAUAACCGAUGCAAAUUUACAAAUAACAAAUCUUAUCGUAUAUGUAAAACAUGGUCAACAAAACAAAUUUAGAUGCAACCGAGAAACAGAAGAAGAAGAAGAACCACAAAGCUCAGAGAAUUAUCAAAACUCUCAAUUUUGCUUCUUUCAUCCGCUUUAGAAUGAUCAUUCAAAAAAGAAUAGGAACCUGAGUAUGUUACUGCCGAUUUUCUCCACAUGGAUAUAAAUAAACUGUCUGUUCACCUUGAUAUGUAAAUAAUAUAUAUAUACAUAAAUAUAUUUAAUUUGAAGAAACUUAUAAUUUAGAAGUCAAAAUAUACUCAGAUAUUCUCGACUUGACUUCAUACUACAUUAAGUAUCUUGUUUCACAGUUCUAUUCUCCGAUGAAUACUAGUAAUAAGCUGUCGACAACUACUCACAUUCCAAUCAAAUAUAUAUUUAUUGAUUUAUUAAGUGGAAAUAUACAACAAUGAAAAACCCUUUUUUCUAAAUAAUCUUCUUGGUUCUGCCUUAAGAAGCAAAUAUACAAGCACAGUUGUACACUAUACAUAUAUACCUACUUACACUAUGUGUUUCUACAGUACAACAGACGGCUAGUAUUAUGGAAUUAGUGUCACCUUAUUCAAAAUUUUAUCAGAUAAUAGUUAAAUAAUACUAUCUCGUGUAUUUGAUUAUGGCUCUUCUCUUGCAUUUAUGUAUUUAAGUAUUUUGCUCUGAAUUCCUCGCUUUCCUCACCUUAUCCAAUCUUUCUUUCAUUGAUACAAGUCAAGAAACAUUCAAAAUAAUUAUUUCUCAG